AUAAAAGCCGCCACAGAUCGCCAGAUCAGACACACAGCACCUCACCAUGCGCUUCUCAUUCGUUCUCCUCCUCGCGGUCCUCGGCUGCUUCCUGCUGGCCCGGGAGGGUGGUGCCACAGGCUCCUCCACCACCGUGGCCUCCCCCAGCAGCAGCACCACCACCAGCUCCUCGGCCGCCAGCACCACCGCCGCGACGUCCACUGCCACCACAACAGUCGCCCCCUCCGCCGCCACCACCACCGUGGCCUCCUCGACCUCGGACACGACCACGGCGUCGUCCUCCUCCUCGGGAUCCUCGGGCUCGGCAGCGGCCAGGCGUCGCAGACGCGCCUUCAUUCGUCGUCGUCGCCAGCUGAGGAGGCAGCGCCAGGAGCGCAGGAGGCGCCGCAUGCUGCAGAUCUACGAGCGGCAGCGCCGGCUGAUCAGCCAGCUCAGCGGCUAGGCGGUGGCGGGUGGAGCCCUCGGCCAGCGAGGGGGCGGAAGCUAAUAGAUAAAUAAAGCCCAAGAUGCCUUUAAAGAGAA